ACUCUCUGGGGCUUUUAAUUGUCGCUUGAGCUUCACCUCAGAGACAAUGGCAUCGAUCGAUUUAUUCAGGGUUUUCUCUUUUCUUCUUCUUCUUCUUCGUUUUCUCUGCAUUGAAGCUUCUGUUCACGAGUACGUUGGAGGGAGUUUCAUCAGCAAGGGCAAUGCCUUCGUCGUCUACGGAGGUAGUGAGGGUCUUUAUUCCUCUGUUUCUAAUCAGACCGAGAGUGUAAACUCCGCAAAUGGAGAUUCUUAUAUACGUUUUGAGAAGAUCACAUUUCGGAGGCCGAAGGAAGCUGCUCAGUCCAGCUCUGGAACGGUUCAUGCCAUUGUUUUUGAGGUGGAAGAUAGGGAGACAAUUGGGGGUUCAGCAUAUGGAGGUCAAAGAGCUAUCUGCUGCACCUCAGAUCUUGAAAAAAUAGGUGCGUGUACACAAGGACAAGUCAUACAUCGCCAAUCAACCAGGAACCCUAACUGGCCCCAAGUUUUUGGUGUCUCUUUCAGUGGAGAUGAUCUUUUUGCAACACUGCAACCAAAAUCCAUACAGAUUACAGAGACUGGGAUGUAUAACCUGUAUUUCAUUCAUUGUGAUCCAAACCUUAAGGGGUUGGUUGUAGAAGGGAAGACCAUAUGGAAAAACCCUACUGGGUAUCUACCUGGAAGAAUGGCCCCACUUAAGAAUUUCUAUGGGUUUAUGUCCCUUGCUUUUGUUAUACUUGGAGUCUUCUGGUUCUCUCAGUAUGCAAGAUUUUGGAGAGAGGUUCUUCAACUACAGAACUGCAUAACCCUAGUGAUUUCUUUGGGCAUGUUUGAAAUGACAUUAUGGUACUUUGAAUAUGCUGAAUUUAAUAAGACUGGAGUCAGACCUACGGGGAUAACUUUUUGGGCAGUUACGUUUGGUACUGUUAAACGUACCGUUGCACGUGCCAUUAUCCUGAUGGUUGCUAUGGGCUAUGGUGUUGUGAGGCCCACUCUAGGUGGUCUUACUAAGAAGGUGAUUAUGCUUGGAGGGACUUUUUUUCUGGCCUCAGAAGUUCUUGAAUUGGUAGAGAAUGUUGGUGCCAUUAACGAUCUUUCCGGAAAGGCAAGACUUUUUCUGGUUCUUCCAGUGGCAAUCUUGGAUGCCUUUUUCAUUCUUUGGAUCUUUACUUCUCUCUCCACAACUCUAAACAAACUUCAGGGAAGACGGAUGAUGGCUAAAUUAGACAUUUACAGGAAAUUCACGAAUGCUUUGGCAGUAGCUGUCAUUGUUUCUGUUGGUUGGAUCUGCUAUGAGCUUCACUUCAAAUCAAAUGACGUAUACAAUGAGAGAUGGUCAAGUGCAUGGAUCAUCCCUGCCUUCUGGCAAGUCCUGUCUUUCUCUCUUCUAUGCAUCAUCUGUGCUCUUUGGGCACCGUCUCAGAACUCUAUGCGGUAUGCUUACUCUGAUGAUGCAAGUGAAGAGUUUGACAAGGAGGAUACCCUAAAGCUCAUCAAACCAUCUCCUAUGGCUUCAAUAGAUGUCCGGAACUCAUUUGAAUCCAGAGCUGUAAAUAGCAGGGAUGAGGCACUGAAUGGGGAUCCAGAAGAAAAGACAGAAUAGAGGUGCCACAUAAUGGAGUUGUUUAAUGGGAAUAAUCCAAUAUUUGCUAGCACCUGAAUCUUAGGAUCCUUGUAACAAAUUUUCAGUUGUUCCCUGGGUUUGGUUCAUCAAGUUAUCUGUGUACGUUGGGAGAGAAGAUCAUGCCAUAGAGUUCUAUUUGAGGAUGUAAAAGUUUAUUUUUCUGUUUUCCAUUUUUUAUUUUUGGGGUAGUUAGGUUUAGUAAUGGUUGUAAUAGGGUAAAAAAUUGGAUCAGACGUGUGUCUGCAAUUUGUGAUAGUUCUAUGGAUUAAUUCUAAACAUUUAAAAUUGGAU